ACGCGCGUCAUCUUCCCGCGCCGUCGACGGAAAUGCGAUGGUGAACGCGCGGGGUCUUGCCCGCGCUGAGCCGGGAGCCGAAAUGCUUCCCGGUGACGGGAGUGAGCGAUGAGCCGGCUUCUGUUUCUGGUCCACAGAGUCGCCUUGGCCGCCGUGCGCUGUCGCCCCGCCUCUCGCGGGUUCGGGAUGUUCUAUGCCGUGAGGAGGGGCCGCAAGACCGGGGUCUUUCUGACCUGGAAUGAGUGCAAGGCUCAGGUGGACCGGUUUCCUGCUGCCAGAUUUAAGAAGUUUGCCACAGAGGAUGAGGCCUGGGCCUUUGUCAGGAAAUCUGCAAGCCCGGAAGCUUCAGAAGGGCAGGAAAAUCAACAUGGACGAGAAUCACAGACGAAAGCCAGCAAGCGACUCCGUGAGCCACUGGAUGGAGAUGAGGGCGCAGAGCCAUAUGCAAAGCACUUGAAGCCCAGUGUGGAGCCGGCGCCUCCAGUUAGCAGAGACAUGUUUUCCUACAUGGGAGACUCGGUUGUUGUAUACACGGAUGGCUGCUGCUCCAGUAAUGGGCGGAGGAGGCCACGAGCAGGAAUCGGCGUUUACUGGGGGCCGGGCCAUCCGUUAAAUAUAGGCAUUAGACUUCCUGGGCGACAGACAAACCAAAGAGCAGAAAUUCAUGCAGCCUGCAAAGCCAUUGAACAAGCAAAGGCUCAAAACAUCAGUAAAUUGGUUCUGUAUACAGACAGUAUGUUUACUAUAAAUGGCGUUCUUGUAGGUAUAACUAACUGGGUUCAAGGCUGGAAGAAAAAUGGGUGGAAGACAAGUACAGGGAAAGAGGUGAUCAACAAAGAGGACUUUGUGGCACUGGAGAGGCUCACCCAGGGCAUGGACAUCCAGUGGAUGCACGUUCCUGGUCAUUCAGGAUUUACAGGCAAUGAAGAGGCUGAUAGGUUAGCCAGAGAAGGAGCUAAACAAUCGGAAGACUGACCCACGUGACGAGGAGAUCACAUCCAGGUCAUAAAAAAUGUUUGCACAUGAACAAAUGCCUCGAAGGUGCUGGGACCAGGCGCUGACGCCAGAAGUCUGGCUGCUGGAGGUGUUAGCCGACAUGGAAGAAACGCAGACUUUCCCUCCAUUCCCUGAAACCCCCUCCGGACUCACCAGCUGCAUAAAAACUCUCUUCACCUCUUUGUCAAGGUGGAUUUGAGAAA